AUUACAGAGUGGCUCACUCAGGGCCCCGCAUCUGUGGCGAGGGGUGGAAGGCAGGGAGCCCUCCCGUGUGGGCUCCGCAGACUGCCGGCCAGGGCUCCAGGACCAGCCUCUCCCGCCGUCCCCAGAGCCCCGUGCUUCUUGGCCGGCCGCCCCCACCCAGGCCCCAUGGCGGCUCUCACAGACCUCUCCUUUAUGUACCGCUGGUUCAAGAACUGCAAUCUGGUCCCCCACCUCUCGGAGAAGUUCGUCUUCAUCACGGGCUGUGACUCCGGCUUCGGGAACCUGCUGGCCAGGCAGCUGGUGGAGCGGGGCAUGCGGGUGCUGGCGGCUUGCUUCUCCGAGGAGGGGGCCCAGAAGCUCCUGCGGGAGACGUCCUACCGGCUGCACACCACGCUCCUGGACGUCACCAAGACCGACAGCAUCCGGGCGGCGGCCCAGUGGGUGAGGGACCAAGUGGGCGAGCAAGGCCUCUGGGCCCUGGUGAACAAUGCAGGUGUGGGCCUGCCCAGUGGUCCCAACGAGUGGCUGACCAAGGAGGACUUUGUGAAGGUGAUCAAUGUGAACUUGGUGGGUCUGAUUGACGUGACCCUGCACAUGCUGCCCAUGAUCAAGAAGGCCCGGGGCAGAGUGGUCAACAUGUCCAGCUCUGGUGGGCGUGUGGCUGUCAUCGGUGGUGGCUACUGUGUCUCCAAGUUUGGUGUCGAGGCCUUCUCUGACAGCAUCAGGCGUGAGCUCCACUACUUCGGGGUGAAGGUUAGCAUCAUUGAGCCUGGGAACUACCGGACAUCCAUCCUGGGCAAGGAGAAGCUGGAGGCACGCUUGCGAAAGCUGUGGGACAGGCUGCCGCAGGAGACCCGGGACAGCUACGGCGAGGAGUACUUGCACACCUAUACCGAGAAGUUGAAACACAUGAUGCAGCUGGCAGAGCCGAGAUUCAGGGCCGUCACCGACAGCAUGGAGCACGCCAUUGUCUCCCGGAACCCCCGCAUCCGCUACAACCCCGGCCUGGAUGCCAAGCUCCUCUACCUCCCCCUGGCUAAGCUGCCCACCGCGGUGACGGACUUCAUUCUGAGCCGCUACCUCCCAAGGCCGGCAGACAGUGUCUGAGCUGGGCAGGCUGGAGCCGUGGUGGGUGGAGUGUUGAGGAGGCGGUGGGGGAAGGGACGACACGGUGGCAAGCGGGGGCCUCGCCCGUCCCGGGGGUACUUGCUGCUAAGGACACUUUGCUAGGCUGAUGCCCACCACCGGCGGAUUGACCUGUAACUUCUAACAGAGGAGUGGCUGCCUCUGCCCACACCCUGGGGCCCAGAGGCCGGAAGUGGUCUUGGCAGGCUCAGAGCGCUGCGGCGUGGCAGAGGACGUCUUCCGCCUGGAGAAGUCAACGAGAGGAGACUCACCGCCUGCUGGGGUGCAGUCCAUUGGGAAACCCGGAGAAUAUGGCCCCGGGGGGACUCGAACCCCUUUCCUCCUGGGUCUGCAAGCGCGCGCUAAGCCCGCUCACAUGGCCUCUUCCUGGAGCAGGCGGGCAGUGCGAGAGUAGGUCGGACAGUUUAAAAAAACGCUUUCUCUCUUCAGAUUUCUCUUUUCAUAGGUGAUUGGGCUCCGCAUGAAACAACAUUCGUUUAUUUGCUCACCAUGGAUGAAAUAUUCAAAUAUUUAUCCAGUGCCUACUACCCAUGAGGCACUGCAUAGUUGCUGGGAGGUGGAAUGGUAUAAAUAUGAUUGAAUCAUUGUCUUUUUUAUGAUUUGUUUGUUUUGUUUUAGCACAAUGUCUGGUAGUAGGGAUAGGAUGAACAGUGAUAGAAAGAACAGAAAUUAGAAACUACAUUUUUAGAGAGAUCAUGGAUGCCAUCGCCCAGUAACUUCUAGAUGGAGCUAUACAUCGUCAUCACCCAGUGAACUAAAGCUACAGCUCCGUGGGCCCCAGUGUUAGAGUGAUCUGAUCCAGUAGGCCUGAGAGCGAGCCCAACAGUGUGUAUUUGCACCUACAACCUGGCUGACGCUGAUGCCUUAGGGCACUUGGGAGCCACUGAUAGUUCCAUGGACAAAAUAACCAAUGCUCAGAAGACAGAGGGGUCUACCCAAGGACCCCAGCUCACUGGCCAAGGACAGAGCUCAGGUGUUCAGACCCCCAGACCUGGGAUCCUUUUUCCAUCGUCAGAGAAUCAAUUGCUUAAAUUAGGGACACCAUCAAAUGAGUCUUGGAACUAAUUCUUUCACAAAACCUUAAAUUUCUGGCGUAAGUUCUGUUGAAAAUACUUUUUUGAUCUUGACGAGUGGUCAUGUAACAGAGGUCAAGUUUGAAUUUUUUAAUUAAAAUGUCUUGAACUUGU